CCGCACUCGCUGCGUCUCAGAGGCUCGGCGCGGCGCGCUCCGCCUCGCUCCCGCUCCCCACUCCCGGGAUGUGUCUCCGCCGUACGACGGGCUUUGGGCACCACGACUUCCGGGUUCCGUCAUUUCGUUCUCCCGCCGCCGACCCGCGCCGCCAAACCGAGGCUCUUCUAUAAGCCAGGCAGCAGCCAACCUGCCAACACCUACUGACACUCACUCAUCUCCCAGAGAGAGAGAAAGAGAGCGAGCGAGCGAAAGAGAGCGAGCGAGCGCGAGUGAGAGCGAGCGAGCAAGAGAGAGAGGGAGAGACAAAAUACCUACCAGGAGGGGGGGGGGGAGGAAGUCCAGUUUUUGCAAACUAUUCAUUUUUUUCUUGGUUUUUUUCCCCUCUCUCCCUGCUCUCUUUUGAACAAUACUUUAAAGAGGAUUCCAGCUUAGAUAUCGCAGGGGCAAAGCUCAAUGCGGGGGGUGGGGAGGGGGGAGGAAACAUUCAAGAAGCAGCAACCCCUCGCGGAGUUUUACUGGAAGAAAAAAAACGGGUCUGAAAGAUUCCUCCUCUUCAUCAUCAUCAACCAUCAUUCAUUCACUACCUUGACAUUCCGGGCUUUGAUUGACAGCUGGAGUGGCAAAAAGCCAUGAAACACGACAGUUCGGUUACAUGUGGGCUGCUGACGGGCCGCUCGUAACCUUCAGUUCGGGGGUUUGACAAUUUUUUUUCUUCUUUUUCUUCUUUUUCUUUUCUUUCAUUUUUUUUCCAACUGAGGGGAAGAGAAGCCAAAGAGGGGGAAAGGAGGACCGAAGAGGAGGAGGAGGAGGAGGAGGGGAGGGGGGAGGAGGAGGAGGAAGAUCAGGAGGAGGAGGAGGAAGAAGAGGAAAAGAGAAAAAGAAGAAAUAUCACAGGAAAAAAAAGUCUUCGUUGCCUUCCCUGAUCUUUUUUUUUUUCCCUAAAAUAACAUAUUGGAAAAUUGGGAGAAGUCUCCUUGGUUUGGAAAAAAAAAAAAGGAAUCUUCAGCGUAGAUCACUUUCCUAUCCGGACUGGGAUAUUAAAUAUACGACACAUCCAGGAGUUUAUUGGAGCGCAGACUGAUGGCGCAAAGGUACGAUGAGCUGCCCCAUUACGGCGGGAUGGACGGAGUAGGGGUCCCCGCUUCCAUGUAUGGAGACCCUCACGCGCCGCGGCCGAUCCCCCCGGUUCACCACCUGAACCACGGGCCGCCGCUCCACGCCACGCAGCACUACGGCGCUCACGCCCCGCACCCCAAUGUCAUGCCGGCCAGUAUGGGAUCCGCUGUCAACGACGCCUUGAAGCGGGACAAGGACGCGAUCUACGGGCACCCGUUGUUUCCUCUGUUAGCUCUGGUUUUUGAGAAGUGCGAACUGGCGACCUGCACGCCCCGGGAACCCGGAGUGGCCGGCGGAGACGUCUGCUCUUCGGACUCCUUCAACGAGGACAUCGCGGUCUUCGCCAAGCAGGUUCGCGCCGAGAAGCCACUCUUCUCCUCAAAUCCAGAGCUGGACAACUUGAUGAUACAAGCAAUACAAGUACUAAGGUUUCAUCUUUUGGAGUUAGAAAAGGUCCAUGAACUGUGUGAUAAUUUCUGCCACCGGUACAUUAGCUGUUUGAAGGGGAAAAUGCCCAUCGACCUUGUCAUUGAUGAAAGAGACGGCAGCUCCAAGUCAGAUCACGAAGAACUUUCAGGCUCCUCCACGAAUCUCGCUGACCAUAACCCUUCAUCUUGGCGAGACCACGAUGAUGCAACCUCAACCCACUCAGCAGGCACUCCAGGACCCUCCAGUGGGGGCCAUGCCUCCCAGAGUGGAGACAACAGCAGUGAGCAAGGGGAUGGUUUAGAUAACAGCGUAGCAUCACCUGGUACAGGUGACGAUGAUGAUCCUGACAAGGACAAAAAACGCCAGAAGAAAAGAGGCAUUUUCCCCAAAGUAGCAACAAAUAUCAUGAGAGCAUGGCUCUUCCAGCAUCUCACACAUCCGUACCCUUCCGAAGAGCAGAAGAAACAGUUAGCGCAAGACACAGGACUUACAAUUCUCCAAGUAAACAACUGGUUUAUUAACGCCAGAAGAAGAAUAGUACAGCCCAUGAUUGACCAGUCAAAUCGAGCAGGUUUUCUUCUUGAUCCUUCAGUGAGCCAAGGAGCAGCAUAUAGUCCAGAGGGUCAGCCCAUGGGGAGCUUUGUGUUGGAUGGUCAGCAACACAUGGGGAUCCGGCCUGCAGGUUUGCAGAGCAUGCCAGGGGACUACGUUUCUCAGGGUGGUCCUAUGGGAAUGAGUAUGGCACAGCCAAGCUACACUCCUCCCCAGAUGACCCCACACCCUACUCAAUUAAGACAUGGACCCCCAAUGCAUUCAUAUUUGCCAAGCCAUCCCCACCACCCAGCUAUGAUGAUGCACGGAGGACCCCCUACCCAUCCUGGAAUGACUAUGUCAGCACAGAGUCCCACAAUGUUAAAUUCUGUAGAUCCCAGUGUUGGCGGACAGGUCAUGGACAUUCAUGCCCAGUAGUAUAAGAGAACUCAAGGGAAAAGGAAACACACGCAAAAACUAUUUUAAGACUUUUUGAACUUUGACCAGAUGUUGACACUUCAUAUGAGAUUCCAGACAGCUGUGAUUAUUUUUUACUUUUGCCAUUUUUCAUCAAGUAACAGAGGACCAAUGCGAGAACACCACAAAUGUGAAAUCAUGGGCUCACUAAGACAAUGCUGUCCAUGUCAAGAUCCUCUGGAAAAAAAAAAAAAGACUCCGAGAGUUAUAACUACUGUAGUAUAAACAUAGGAACUAAGUUAAACUUGUACAUUUCUGUUGAUUCACUCCGUUAUGUUGCCUCAAAUAGUUUUAGAAGAGAAAAAAAAUAUAUCCUUGUUUUCCACACUAUGUGUGUUGUUCCCAAAAGAAUGACUGUGUUGGUUCAUCAGUGAAUUCACUAUCCAGGAGAGACUGUGGUAUAUUUUAAAACUGUUGGGCCAAUGAGAAAAGAACCACGCUGGAGACCAUGCUGGACAUUUGACUGAACCUCAUCCCUCGACCUCCAGCUUCAAGAAUGUGUUUUCAAGCCCGGCCUUUGUUCCUCCAUAAAUGUGUCCUUUAGUUUCGAACAGAUCUUUAUAGUUUGUGCUUCAUAAGCCAACUCUUAUUUUGGGGGACUCUUCUUCCAAGAGCUUGCCAAUGAAGAUUUGAAGACUGAACGGAGCUCCUUUGCAGGAGCUCUGCGCCUGGGCUGUGGACAGUCUUAAGUUGGGCAGCUUUCCUCAACACAAAAAUGUUAUUCAUGGUCACUGCACCAUAACUGGGACUCUAGCAGCAACUCGAAGCCUGGGGGAGAAAAAGGAGCAAGAGAAUACUGUAACCAACUGCGUACAGAGUUCAGUCUAUUAAUUGUUUCAUGUUAGAUAUUCUAUGUGUUUACCUCAAUUGAAAAAAAAAAAAGAAUGUUUUUGCUAGUAUCAGAUCUGCUGUGGAAUUGGUAUUGUAUGUCCAUGAAUUCUUUUCUCAGCACGUGUUCCUCACUAGAAGAAAAUGCUGUUACCUUUAAGCUUUGUCAAAUUUACAUUAAAAUACUUGUAUGAGGACUGUGACGUUAUGUUAAAAACAAAAAGGUGUUAAGUCACAAAAUGCGGUAAUAAAUAUUUCAUUUUUGAUUUUUU